AUGAUUCAACUAAAGUCACUCGUCAAUUGCAUCGACAACUCGGGCGCCGCAAUCGUCGAGUGCGUCAACGUCCUGCGAUCGAAGCGCCCUGCCAAAGUCGGCGACCGCAUUGUCGUGGUGGUGAAGAAGCAGCGCAACUUUGGCCCCGAAACCGGCAACAGCGUGUCCAUCAGCGCAGCCAACAAGGUGCGGCGAGGCGAUGUGCGGCACGCAGUCGUCGUGCGCACCGCCAAGAAGUGGCAGCGGCCAGACGGCAGUGUCGUCAAGUUCGACGACAAUGCCUGCGUCCUCAUCAACAAGGCCGGCGAGCCCAUCGGAUCCAGAGUCAGCGGCGUCGUCGCUGCAGAACUGAGGCAGAAGCAAUGGUCCAAGAUCUUGUCCCUCGCCCCAAUGCACGUCUAA